AUUUGUUUUGACAAGUACACUUCGUUUGGUGUUUAGGUAAUGGACUUUUAUGUGUGUUGUUUCGUCUUUAAUGUCAAAAUUUCCAACAAUGGGAUGGUCGGUCCGAAUAUUUCAUACAUAAAAUUCUUUGAGAAAAGCUGUUGUAUUAUUGACCAAUUUUGUGGAUUAAAAAAGAAUAAUCAAGUACAUAUAUGAGAACAAUACGAUAUGUAAAAUUAUGGGAUUCAAGUUUUGCUGAAGCCAAUAAACUCACCGCGCCUCGGGUUGGCGGCGGCAGCGUUGUGUAUAUACUGCAAUGAAAAUGCGACGAAUUGAAAAAAAACUUGCAUUCAUUAGCUAUUGGCAUUAACGAAAGGUCCUGUUAAAUAUUUAUUAUCCUGGAAGUUUGGUGCGAAACGUGCAAUAAACCGUGAAUAUUGAAGAGUUGGUGAAUGUAUGAAUUAGCGAAUUAAGUAAUCCUUAUCAAAAUGAAACAAGUGUGCGAUUCGAAGAAAGUGAAAUAUAUCUAUAUAUCUAAUUUGCAACCACUCCUAAAACGCGAAUUUAUAUAUGAUCGCUGGAAUCGAAAGACUUCUUCAAUAAAAAAGCAAGUGCAAUAAUUUGGAUGUACCAAUAGCGCUGAAAAGAGGCGUCCAAUCAAAUAUGCAAGCGAAAAAGCGAUAUAUUUUGGUUUUUGUUUCAUGUGCAUUUCUUGCAUAUUGCUAUUUUGGUGGUUACCGCCUCAAAAUUGGUGAUGGGUCCCAUCGCAAUCUUCAAGUCGUAGAUUUGGUUACUCGAGCUCGACUCCUUGAAAAGUUACCCAGCUAUAAAACUAUCGAAAUGGAACGCAUUCCAUAUGGGAUCGAUGGAAUUGUCACAGCAAACCAUCUACAUGAUGAUAAUGGAACCCCGAAGCAAAAAUUGAUAAAAUCACGUUCUUGUCGUAUGGAAAGCUGUUUUGAUUUUACCAAAUGUUACGGAGAAUUUUUGGUCUAUGUAUAUCCACCGGAGCCUCUGAAUUCCUUGGGUGCAGCACCUCCAAUAUCUGCUAAUUACCAAAAGAUAUUAUCCGCGAUUCGAGAAUCGAGAUACUAUACAUCUCAACCUGAGCGAGCUUGCUUGUUCGUGCUAGCAAUCGAUACCCUUGAUCGAGAUUCUUUGUCGAAUGAUUACGUGCGAAAUGUUCCGUCGAGACUAGCGCGUUUGCCUUAUUGGAACAACGGUAGAAAUCACCUUAUAUUCAACUUAUACUCCGGAACAUGGCCUGAUUACGCAGAGGACUCGCUUGGUUUUGAUCCAGGUGAAGCUAUACUCGCAAAAGCAAGCAUGAGUGUAUUUCACGUCCGUCAGAAUUUCGAUAUUAGUAUACCUCUGUUUCAUAAACAGUUUCCUUUGCGUGCGGGGGCUUCUGGUCUAGUCCAAACCAACAAUUUUCCAGCUAAUAAAAAAUAUUUAUUAGCUUUCAAAGGAAAAAGAUAUGUACAUGGAAUUGGCUCUGAAACACGAAACUCAUUAUUUCAUUUGCACAAUGGACGCGAUAUCAUUCUGGUUACCACUUGUCGACAUGGAAAGAGUUGGCGUGAACUACAGGACGGCAGAUGCGAUGAAGAUAAUCGCGAAUAUGACAAAUAUGACUAUGAAACUUUGCUGCAAAACUCAACGUUUUGCUUGGUGCCUCGCGGGCGACGUUUGGGAUCUUUUCGGUUUCUAGAGGCGUUACAAGCGGGCUGCAUUCCGGUUUUGCUGUCAAAUGGCUGGGUACUGCCCUUUGAGUCAAAAAUCGAUUGGAAAGAGGCUGUUGUCUGGGCUGACGAAAGAUUGUUGCUACAGGUCACAGAAGUAGUCCGCUCUAUAUCAUUGGAAAAGAUUUUAGCAUUACGACAGCAGACGCAAGUACUUUGGGAACGCUAUUUUGGAUCUAUUGAAAAAAUAGUCUUUACUACCUUUGAGAUUAUACGCGAACGCUUACCAGAUUAUCCCAUUCGUAAUACAUUUGUAUGGAAUACCUCGCCAGGAGCUCUCCUAACGCUUCCAACAUUUGCUGAUAGUUCUAGAUAUAUGCCAUUUUUAUUGGAUGCCAUGGGAGUCGAACCCCGUCACAAUUACACAGCUGUCAUUUAUGUACAAAUUGGUUCGGUAUUGGGGCCAAAUACUGCAUUAUACAAAUUAAUCAAGACAAUUUCAAAAAGUCAAUUCGUAGAUAGAAUUUUGGUUCUCUGGGCAGCUGAUCGUCCAAUUCCGUCAAAGAAAAGAUGGCCCACAACCAAUCACAUACCAUUCCAUAUAAUAACUUUAAGUGGCGCCACUAUGGGAAAAUCCUUUCGUUCAAUGAAAAACGAUGCUGGGGAGAAGUUCUUUAAUGGUACCAUGCUUUCCGUGGGAGUAGCAGCUAAUCAAAAACCAAAACAUAUCAGGGAGGAAACUUUAGAUCUCUUCGACGAACGUCCUAGCAUAUCACAGCGUUUCUAUCCGUACGCUGAAAUACAAACAGAUGCUGUACUCUCCCUGGAUGAAGAUUCGAUACUCAACACAGACGAGUUGGAUUUUGCAUAUACAGUUUGGCGAGACUUUCCGGAUCGUAUUGUUGGCUAUCCAGCGCGAGCUCACUUCUGGGAUGACUCAAAGAACGCUUGGGGUUACACAUCGAAAUGGACUAACUACUAUUCCAUAGUUUUGACUGGUGCAGCUUUCUAUCAUCGAUACUACAAUUACUUGUACACUAAUUGGCUAUCAUUGUUGCUUCUUAAGACUGUACAACAAUCAUCCAAUUGCGAAGAUAUCCUAAUGAAUUUACUGGUAUCGCAUGUAACGAGAAAACCACCGAUUAAAGUGACACAGCGCAAAGGGUACAAGGAUCGCGAAACAGGCCACUCGCCGUGGAAUGAUCCGGAUCAUUUCAUACAGCGCCAGAGCUGCCUCAAUACAUUUGCAGCCGUUUUUGGUUAUAUGCCACUGAUCCGUUCAAAUCUACGCCUUGAUCCGGUUUUGUAUCGGGAUCCGGUGUCCAAUCUACGUAAGAAGUACCGCCAAAUAGAGUUGGUUGGCAGCUAGCACUAUUUAAGCCUAAGCUAUCAUAAAACUAAUCUUAACUAAAUUGAGUUUAUCAGCCACAAAAAUAUACAUACAUGCAUAUUUGUAUUUAAAAUACAUAUGGAAAGCUAUAAGAGUAGUUACAGGUUUACAAAUCAAAUGUAUUUAUUGCAAUGAUAGACGAAAAGUUAAAGUUGUAGCUUGCGACUUAAUGAACAAUGUAGAAUUACUUAUAUGUAAUUGUACGCCAAGUUCAAAGAAAUGCAUGCAUGUGUGCAUAUGUAGACUGUGAACGAAAAAAGUGUCACAAUUAUGUAUAUCUAAAUUAUUUAUGAUAAGUCACAGCCACAAUAAUUUAGAUUUAGAUUUAUAAGUUAACAGGUGAUGAUGUUGAUGACGACAUGACACAGUGGUGAUUAAUUUAGGUCGCUAUUUUUACAAUAUAAAAAACUGUUUAUAAUUUAGUUAAAUUAAUGUAUAUAAAUAUAAAUAUGUAUAUG